AUGAUCCAAAUCCACUCCACAAAACACGAACCCGACCCAACCCUCGCCCACUCCUUCCUCAUCAGCCUUCUCAUACUCCACACCAUACCAUGGCUACGACGUACCUGCCGCCUCAGCAGAUUAACAUCAUACCUCUCAAACUUGUUAAAAUCACUCCUCAGACCCACCCCCUCCAGCCCCAUCCUCCCAAACCCCAUCCGCCCAAGCCCCUCCCCCCCAGACACCGCCCUCCACAACGGCAUCCCAUACAUCUCCCUCACCAGCGCCUACCACCAUACGCUCCGACAAUCCUGGACCAACGAUCCCACAAAACUCUACCUCGAAAGCUGCUUCAAUCCGCACUCCCAUGUCAAUCUCGCCACUGACUACGGUAUCGAGGGGUUGUGUCCGGUUGUGAAGGCUACGGAGGGGGAUAGAUUUAUAUUGAGGGAUGGGGAGCAGAAGUAUUAUCUUUGGGAUGGGUGGAGUGGGGAGUUGAGGCGGUUUAGGGAGAGGUGGACGGAGGGAUGUAGGGAUAAGGAGGAGGUGGUGAAGGGGAUUGUGUGCGAGAUGACGUGGGCGGAGUCGGAUACGGAAGUUGUGCGUAGGGGGAGGUGA